AGCGUCCUGAAACAGGAAGGCCCCCAACACCCGGCGUAAAAAUAGAAGCGAAAGCUGAUGGGAAAUUAUAAUUCUCGCUAAAAUAACCACGUUUUUAAACUUGCAGUCGGUUGCUUUUUGUUUCUGUGUGUGUGCGGACUAAACGGCAUCAUGUUUAUUUCUUCACAAAACUCGGAGCCCUCCUUUAAAGGUUUCACCCUCGUCAUGCCGGCAGUGGCUGUUGGAAAUGUGGGUCAGCUGGCGGUGGAUCUCAUCGUGUCCACUCUCAACAUGAGCAGAGUCGGCCACAUUCACACAGACUGUCUCAUCCCGAUGGCUGGAAACAACCCGUACGCCACCUGUAAGGAAGACGCCGAGGAGCUGCACACUCCUGCAGAAGUUUACACAGCAGCAGAACUGAAGCUGGCAGUUCUUCAGAUCAGAGCACCAAUUGUCCAGACAAAGUCCAAGAAGUUCCGCCAGCUUCUCGUGUCUUGGAUCAAAGCCAGUGGGUUCUCCAGGACAGUGGUUCUUUCCAGCAGUCACGCCUACCAGAGGGACGACCAGCAGCUACAAGGCACUCCUUUGAGGUACCUGGUCACUCCGUCCCUGCUGAAGGUGAGUGCAGACGCUCUGAAGGAGUUGGGCUGGAGGGAGAUGGAGCGAGUGUCGGCCUUCCCUGGACUGACGGACGCCAACACAGAACCACGACUCUACAUCCCUGGAGGAGGCAUCACCAAAGGACUUUACACAGACAGCUGUACAGAGGAUCUGUCGCUGGCCGUGCUGCUGCUCUUCUGUUCAGAAGGCGACAACAUCCCAGACGCCUUCACCCUCGUCAACCACCUCAACGACUGGCUCCAACUGCUGGACAAUCAUAGCCCUGAGCCAAACAAGUGGAAAAUCCCACCUUCCUGGAACCUCCUUUUUGGAAGCGGCAUCCCUCCUGCACUGUUCUGAUACAAAAUGUUUCUGCUAUUUUUAGCCUGUAAUUACCUUUGGAAGAAUGCAAUCUGGAGAUACGCAAACGCUUCCUCUGACAUCUGUGCUGCCCGGCAGUGACGCCUCUGUUAACAGCGAAAUACCUGUAAAGCAGCACCUCUAAAAUCUUCCCUCUCUUGGAAAUUCAUCACUCUGUUGCUUAUUUUGACAUAAUUUUUAUGUCCAAACAUUACAGGAUGUGUACAUAUACAGAAAUUGACUGCACUUAAAAUGCUAUUUCCUAGUUUUGCAGCAUUUAAAUGUUCUGUAUUUUUUUCAAUAAAAGAUUGUCAUGAGAA